AUGCUCGACAACAAGAAUGAAGCCUACGAGCUUCAAACACCACUCAGUGAGAAAGAAUAUGAUAUGCAAUCAAAUCAAGGGAUCAAGUCUGGGACUGCUCGAGAUGCCGCCGAUAUGAUGCGACUGGGGAAGAAGCAAGAGUUCAAGAGAAACUUCCAUGCUUUUUCAAUGCUGGGACUGUCUAGUGUUCUCAUGGCGACAUGGCAAGCAUUGAUAGGAUCUGCAAGUUUCAGCUUGAUUAAUGGCGGUCUUGCUGGGUCUAUCUGGUCCUAUAUCGCGACAUGGAUCUGUACUAUCUCUGUCACUCUGUCUCUUGCCGAGAUGGCCAGCAUGGCACCUACCUCAGGCGGACAAUACCACUGGACGAGCGAGUUCGCUCCUGCAAGAUUUCAAAAGUCUCUUAGCUAUUUUGUCGGAUGGCUUUCUGCACUGGGAUGGCAAGCAUCAAUCGCGCUUACCUCUUUCGCUGCCGGUAACAUCAUCCUCGAACUCGCCUCUACGAUGCACCCUACGUACACACCAGCACUCUGGCAUGGCACGCUCAUGACAAUUGCGAUGGCGGUAUUGGCUGUGAUGGUCAACACUCUAGGAGCAAAACAUUUACCUCUGCUCGAAGCGGCCGUAUUGUUCCUGCACGUUUUUGGAUUUUUUGCUGUUAUGAUUCCACUUUGGGUCAUUGCUCCCAAGGUCUCGGCGAAAGAAGCGUUUACUUCGUUUGCCAACACUGGAGGCUGGAGCAGCAUUGGAGCUGCGGUGGUAAUUGGGCAGCUCACUGCUGUGGGCUCUCUUGGAGGAUCCGAUGCUCCGGCCCAUCUUGCUGAAGAAGUUGCUAAUGCGAGUUAUGUGGUUCCUCGUGUCAUGCUUGCGACCAUCCUACUGAACGGUGCAAUGGGUCUUGUCUCAAUCAUUACCUUUGUCCUCUGCAUUACUGAUUAUGAGACGAUGGUCGCAAACAAUAUGGCGAUAUAUCCGUACAUCUCCAUCUUCCAGCAGGCAAUUGGCUCUGAUGUUGGUGCAACGCUUAUGACAACACUAUUCGUCCUUCUCAACUUUUUCGCGGCGUUGAGUGUUGUCGCUGCUGGAUCACGUCAGAUCUUCUCUUUUGCUCGUGACAAAGGAAUGCCUUUCUCUGGAUGGUUCAGACAGAUUGUGACCAUUGGCACACCGAUUCCUCUCAACGCCAUCACGUUCUCGCUUUCGAUCACAGUCGUCCUCGCACUCAUCAAUCUCGGCUCAACAACAGCGUUCAACUCAAUCGUCGGCCUCCUUGCCGGCUCUGGCGGUUUCUCAUACUCCAUCAGUAUCGCAUGCGUACUAUGGCGCAAGAUCUGCAAACGACCUCUGCCACAAGGACGAUUUGAUCUCGGUGUUCCUGGGAUCUUUAUCAAUGCCUUUGCUGUCUUGUACAUGAUACAGCAAGCUAUCAUCAGCUUCUUCCCGAUUUUCGCUGUCGUUACGGUGCAGACGAUGAAUUAUGGUUGUGUUAUGUUUGGUGGAGUGGCUAUUAUCUCGGUCGUGUAUUACAUUGUCAAAGGAAGGCAUGUCUACAAAGGUCCGGUUGUUGAUAUCCGUCGUGGGUAG